AUAGAGCACAACAGCUCAAAUUCAUCAUUCACUUUACCAUUCUCUUCAGUCUGAUCAUUCACAUGCAUGGGGAUUAAAACAUUUCUUGUCUGAACUCUGAAAAUUCCGAGAACAAAGUUUUUUACUGAGAGUAAUGGACCUCUUCGGCAACGCCAAAGCGGUCCGCCUCCGUAGCCACCAUGACAAGUACCUUGUAGCCGAGGAAGACCAAGUGUCCGUGACCCAAGAGCGAAACGGAUCCUCCACCUCCAGCAAGAAAGCCUGGUGGACCGUCGAGUUUGUCAAAGGCACACAAUCCAUAAUCCGACUCAAGAGCUGUUACAACAAGUACCUCACUGCCUCGAACCACCCCUACUUGUUUGGCGCGACGGGUCACAAAGUGGUGCAAUCUCUGCCUCAGAGGCUCGACUCCUCGCACGAUUGGGAACCCAUCAACGAAGGGUCCCGGGUCAAGCUAAAGACCCGGUUCGGCAAGUUCUUGAGAGCCAAUGGUGGUAUGCCACCUUGGAGAAACUCUAUCACCCAUGACAUUCCUUUUAGGGACUCUUCUCAGAAUUAUAUUCUCUGGGAUGUCGAUAUUGUCGAGAUUCAAGCUCAGUCUCCGAGUCAAAACUCACACCCACCAUCACAUCAGAAUUCUUUGGAGUCUAGUGGUUCGAAUGAUGUGAGUGCAGCAUCACCAAGGUCAGAGGGAAGGACUAUAUUCUAUCAUGUGGCUGAAGAUAAUGGUGAAGUGGAUGAUGAAGCUGUGGAGGAGUAUUUUACUUACAAGGGUAAUGUGGUUGAAGAAAUGACUCAGAAAUUGGAGAGAGAGACGGGUUUGGAGGGUAUUAUAGUGUGUACUCGGAAUCCCUUCAAUGGAAACCUUCAUCCCCUUCGAUUGCAGCUUCCUCCAAACAAUUCAACUAUGCAUGUUGUUUUGGUUCAAUCUUCAUCCAAAGUGGCAACGGACUUCGCAAAUUAAGUAUCAAGAGAAGCAUCAUGAGGUACAUUGCAAUAAUUUUCAUAUGAAUGAACAAUUAUUCUGUAAAAUUAUGAUUCAGGCCAGUUUGUAUGCCGCCUCAAAGCAUUCAGGAUCUUACUCUUUUUUUUUUUUUUUUUUGAGAGGGUGGAUCUUACUCUGUUGUGUGGUUUUUCUUUAUUUUUAGCCGGAAUACUCUGUUCUGUUGUGUUAAUAAAUUAGACAGUUGAACGGAGAAAGCUCAAAGCACAUGCUUCUAUUUGAUAUGAUGGGCAGUCAUAACAAUACUAGUGACCCAUCAAUAAAGUUCCUGUUUGGUUCU